AUGAAGCAGAAUAGGUGGUCAGGAGAUGAAACUUCAAGAAAAUGCCGACCGGGAGAACCUCUUCUAAUCAGCAAAGUGAUUCCAGGAAGUGUGGCCAGUCGGUGUGGAUCUAUCAGUCCGGGGGACAUCCUUCUCGCUGUUAACGGAGUCUCGCUAGAGGCCUGCAGUAUCACAGAUGCUGCACGGCUACUUCAAACCUCGGAAGAUAUAGUGACCUUGCGGAUUCAAAAGCCCGAUGAGGAGGUUACUACACCCCUUUCUGAUGAGGGUCUCCUCUCUUAUUGUCAGAGUGACCUUGAAAUUGUUCGCGACGAUGACCACGACUUUGGCAGUGGUGGUGGAGGUGGUGUAGAUGUUAAUAAUGAGCUUCAGGAUGAUGAAUUCCUUAGCCAAUCAGCGGAUGAAUCAAUAUCGCAUCUGCUGCCACCUCCGCGAAUGCCUCGACGAUACCGCAGUCAAAAACCAAAGCGAACCCAACACAGACGGGUGGGAACUGCACCGACGGCUUCAAGAAUACAGCUGCAGCAACAAUUUCAGCAGUUGGAAAGCGAGAUGGGCAGUGAUAAGAGAGGGAACCCGUCUGAUAGCCUCUCAUCGGAUCGGUUCAGUGAGAAUAUGUGCUCCGACACCCUUUUUGAGGUUCACAAAGUGCGCCUGAUACGAUCGCAUCCCUCAUGUCCAUGGGGAGUGGUAAUAUCUGGCACCGACGACGUUAUCGAUGCACCCGUUUACAUUGACUCCCUCACUCCGGGCAAACCAGCUGCUCUAUCUGGUUUGCUACGAGCUGGAGAUCGAGUCCUUGCUGUUAACGGUCUUGAUGGCGCUGCUCCGAAGUUGGCAGGAGGCAGUGGACUAACACUGUCACUUGUCACCGCUCGUCUUCAACAACCCUCCGAACAAGUGACACUUUAUAUAGCGAGGGAGAAGAGUCGAUCGGAUUUUGCCGUCCCUGGGCAGGGCAAUAGCGAUGCUGCAGUGAAACAAUACUCCUGGGGCGCAUCCUGUCCGCCAGCCACCGAAUUUAACCAGUCCUUUGAUGAGGAGCGGGUAAGACCCUCUGCACGGGCUCAGGCACCAGCAUCAACUUCUGUGGCAAUGGCUUCAACAACGCGCCUGAGGAAGCAGAACUCCGCUUCCAAAACCCCCUAUCCAAGGCACUUCACCGCGCCGAUUGGAUUCUGCAGCAAUCCCAGUCGUGAUCCUGGCUCCGGAUAUUUCGAUGACUACGGACCCAACUUCCAGCCCCCCACCUACCGUAAAGUUCAGGGUGUUGGUAGAUCAACAGGCGAUCUUCUAGAUGUGCCUCGUCAAACUGUGGAUGCCUACUUGACGAAGGAUGAGGCCACACCGCAUCAUCAUCAUCAUCAACAUCACCAUCAUCACAAGGGACAUCAACAACACAGUCGAAGGCGUAAAACUGGAACGUCAAGACACCAACGUCGGCACAAGCAGGAAACAAGUGUGGAGGAGUCUGAACAGAAGGUGGUGGAAGAGGAUCGGAUGCCCAGAGCUUCGUCCACCUUGAAUAUAGACGAUAUCGCCUGUCCCGGAUGUCGUGAGGCGGUAGUCAAUGAGGUGCUCAAUCAGCAGAGGUAG